UGUGUGUGUGUGUGUGUUUGUGAGUGUGUGUGUGUGUGACAGGAGGUGAAGGUCUGGAUGAGGGACAGACCUCUCACUCUCAACAAACACAGCAGAACAUCUGAGCGGGACAAUGUGCAGGACCACAGGCUGUGACCGUGUCCAGAGUCCUGCAGCCUGAGCAGCCUGUAGCUUCUGCAGCAGCAUCUAUGAGACACAAAGGAUUGUAGUUCCUCCUGAAUAGCACAUGAUCUGAAAGUGUGCGUUGGCUCCAAAGCAGCCAGUCGAGUAAGAGCCUUUUAAAACUCAGCAGUAGCACAAGAGCUGCGACUAUGUCUGAGGAAACACUCAGAGUCUGAAACAGCCAGAGAAAGAAAAGUCGAGUUUCUCUCCCACUGAAGAAGCUGGAGCGGUUUCAUUAGAAACACCAGUGGUGAAUUUGCAGCCUCCCCUGGAUCUUCAUCAUCGUUCUCCUCCUCCUCCUCCUCCUCCUCCUGUAACUUCAGCUGCUGCAGCUCGUCCACAACCUGCAGCCGACUCAGGCAUCGUCAUGGCAUCAGCAGCUCUGGAGCUGAUGGGUUUCUUCCUGGGCCUGGUGGGAUUACUGGGUACCCUGGUCGCCACUGUUCUUCCGUACUGGCAGAUCUCCGCCCACAUCGGCUCCAACAUCGUCACGGCCGUGGCCAGCAUGAGGGGCCUGUGGAUGGAGUGCGUGUACCAGAGCACUGGGGCCUUCCAGUGCGAGACCUACAACUCCAUGCUGUCCUUGCCCUCCGACCUGCAGGCCUCCCGCGCCCUCAUGGUCAUCUCCAUCGUCCUGUCCGUCCUCGGAAUAGCCCUGGCGUCCCUGGGGAUGCAGUGCACUCUGUGCCUGGAGGGCUCUCCGGUUAAGAGUCGCGUGGCCGGUGCCUCCGGCUGCUUAUUCCUCACCGCCGGCUUCCUGGCGCUCAUACCGGUGUCGUGGACCACACACGAGGUGGUCCAGACCUUCUACAGACCCAACGUACCCUCCAGCAUGAAGUUUGAGCUGGGAGAGUGUUUGUACACUGGUCUGGCCUCAGCGCUCAUCUCUAUGCUGGGGGGGGCGAUGCUGUGUGUGUCGUGCUGCGGCGAGCCGGACAAUGGUCGUGGGAGACGAAACGCUGGAGGGUAUCCAUAUCCUGUAGGAGGCGCCAUGUCCGGCAGCGGCGUACGGACAACCUCACAGCUCUACCGCAAUCCCAACCUGCAGGGGGUGGGGCUUAACCUGCCCAGCAGGGGGCAGACGCUGGUACGCAAUACCAGCGACAGCACCCACUCCAGUGCUCACGUCCAGGGCGCCAAGAAGCCCACGGCGGCAGGAUAUGACAUCACAGGAUAUGUCUGAGGUCACGGCUACUCCGUCACACUUUGAACUGACAACGUACAUCCACUGUUAUGUAUUUAUACAAAGUAUUUAAUCAAAUGUUGUCAUCACGAGACGCUGCCGCUUCGUCUUCUCUAAUUUGUUGGUGGAUCUUUUUAUUCUCUUGAGCUUUUUGGAACAUUUGUCAAGUAAAGAGAAGUUGUGACUUUUCACAGGAAGAACAGAAAAGAUGAUGAACAACAACAACAACAACAACACAACAGGGACUGCAACUGUUUAUCAUCUCCCUGCAACUUCUCUCAAGACUCGACUCUUAUUUUGAAAUUUCGCAGGAUGUCACAUCAUUGUCUAACAUGGGUAAAAACUAGAUUGUUAAGUAGAAACGUCGUAAAUCUGUUUAUCAUUUGUAUAAAAUAUAUGAAAAUAUAAAAGUAAAAAACUGUUGGAUUUUUGUUAUAAUUUAAUCAUUUAGACUCUGAGCUGCUGACACUCAGUGAAAGGAACUCAAAUGUACUUUUUUCUGUCAAUAUUCUGCAAACCAACCUUCACUGGAGAAGCUCCACCCGACUCUGACCUUUGUGAUGUGAACCCAGUGAAACUCUUCUCACACUGAACCUCAUCCCCUGAAACUCAGACCAGUUUUUCACGUGAAGUUUAACAAUUUAAAUGUAGCUCAGCAUCAGUCAGAGACUGUUCAUCGUCACUGUGCCUUAAUAUCACCAAGAUCUUAUGUUUGGAUUGUAAAGGAGUUUUAUUUUUUCACUUUUCUACUUCUCUGUCGAUCGAUGUAAACCCAGUGGAUGAAUUUACUGACUUGUUGUUUCACAAUCAAAAAAUCACAUUUUCUUCUGUAAUCUUUAUUGUUUUAUUCUCUUUCUUCAUGUCGUUCUUAUUGUGUCUUUUUUUGUUGUUGCACAUCCAUGAUGAUUUUCAGGGAUGUUUUUACAUUUCCAUGUUUCAGCUGAUUUGCGCAAAGCAUCAAUAUUGUUUUUAUUAUUAUUUUAUAUUUUGGAAAUAAAUGCAAAUAUUUCUUA